CAGCCUUUGUCAAGCUAAGGGAAAUGCGGUUCCGUCAAAACCCUGGGAAGCAUUCUCGUUUGAGGUUCUUCUUGUUCUUUUCACCUUCUCUCAUCUUCGUAUUCAUCAUCCAACCUUGAAAACUCAUCAGAAGCUAUGUCAGCUGCAUUUGCCAAUAUGACCCGUGAACAAUUGGCCCAGAUACCAGCGGCCGUCCCCCCACCGGGUGUAGUGCCUAACUUCGUGGACCCUCCAUCGGACGGCUAUGUACUGAUUGCGGUGGGCGCCGCUUUGAUGGCGGUUAUGUUCCUCUUUGCCGGAAUAAGAUUUUUUGUAAAGCUGAGGAUACAGCACAAAGUAAGCGCCGAUGACUGGACAACCCUCGUCGCCUUGAUUGGUACAUGUUCCUAUUAUGCGAUAUGCGUCUACGGUGUUACUCGAGCAAAAUUUGCGACGCAUAUGUGGGAUAUCUCCGUGUCCCACACUAUGAGUGACGAGUUCUUAAUUGUUAGCCAGCCCUUCCCAUAAAUUCAGUGUGACCUUCCCAUUUUGCCGCCAAAUGCUGAUUUGCGCCCCGUUCCGUACGCCGCAGACCAGCAUCCUGCAGAGCCUUCAAUGGACCAUGAGGACCUCAAUUGACCCUAAGCAUGUAAUGUACCCUACCAGGCUCGUGAAAGUUCAUAUAUUGGCCCGGAAAAAUGGUUUUCUUAGCAGAAA